GGUUUAAUAUGUCGCGGUCAUGAAAAGAAACAUUUUUUGAAUAAACUUAAAGUAUGCUAUGAAAAAACUAAACAUGGCGGAUGAAGAUGUAAAUGGAGAUUCAGAUGAGGUACAGCAAGAAAAAUCACAGAAAAAAGCUGCCAAAUAUGAUAGCGGUGCUGCAGAUUUGGAAAGGGUUACCGAUUACGCGGAGGAGAAGGAAAUAUCCUCAUCCGACGGAUUUUCAUGCGCACUCAGUAUAAUUGGUGAUCGACGUAACAAAGAAGCUGCUGAAAAGAAAGCAAAGGAGAAGGAACUUCUAAAGGUUUCCAUCAAAAAGGAAGAUGUUGAUCUCAUUAUGAAAGAAAUGGAAAUAAAUCGUCACUUAGCAGAACAAACGCUCAGAGAACACAGGGGUGAUGUCGUUGAAGCUCUGAUAACAUUAACGAAUUGACUGAAUAGUGUGCUACUUAGCACAAAUAUUUCAUCACAAUUUCAAAAAUUCCGAUUGUAAAAUAUUAAAUAUAGAAGAUUGCUAUGAGAGUUUCAAUAAUUAAUAUUUAUUAAUAUAACUUACAAAAUAUACAUUGUACCUAUGCGACACA